UGCCAACAAAAGUCUGAUUGACAAUAUCUUGCAGCGGCUGGCAUCUUUGCAAGGUAAGCUACAGUAAAGCCAAAUACAAGGCUACGUAAGGCGAGAAAGAAAUUGGCUGCGAUACAGAAUGGCUAGAGGACAAGGUGUGAACCAGGAACUGUCUGUGAUCUUGAACCAGCUAUGGGCAGCUGAUGAGAAUCGUCUGAAGCCUGGGAAAGAUUACACAAUCCGACUGCAGGGGAAAGCAGGGUAUGUUGCUCCAGGCAGUAACAAUGCCAGAGAUAGAGCUUCGUUGCCUCUGUUCACCUACGUGAAUGAGGAGCGGCUGAAAAGCAUAAAGACUUAUGAAACGUUUAUAUCCCUGCUGGACAACUAUGAGAUGUCAACUGGGGUUUCGGAGACUGUUACAUCUGAAGAAGUCGCCGAGAACAACCGCUUUCUUGAUGCUGUUUUAGGGACUAAAGUUAUGAAGCUUGCUCACCAGUAUCUGGUUGGUAAAAAACAGGCCAGGCCAGACCCCAAGGAAUUUAAGACCCAGCUGUAUGACAUUUGGUUUCAGCUUUACAACAGGGACAGAAGCAGCGGAGCGGACUCCUGUGGAUUUGAGCAUGUUUUUGUUGGAGAGACCAAAUAUGGCAAAGAAAUCAUGGGGCUCCAUAAUUGGAUUCAGUUCUACCUGCAGGAAAAGCAUAACCAUGUUGAUUACAAAGGUUAUAAGGCAAGAGACAACAAAGACACGCCUGAUGAAGAUGAUCAUGUUUUAAGCCUUCAGUUCAGCUGGAAGGGAUUGGUGAAGCCAGUCGGCAGCAGUUUCAUCGGUGUGAGCCCUGAGUUUGAGUUUGCAGUCUACACCAUUGUUUUCAUGAUGUCCCAGGAUAAAGUCACCAGUGCAAUCGUGAGAGUGGAUGAGUAUCAGCUGGAGGUGGUCGUGUGCCGCCAUGGGAGGUGCAUUGGAACGUCCUAUCCAAAACUUCUGAGCAGCAACAACAGGCAGUGAAAUGAGCACAGUGUGUUCUGCUCUUUUUCUUUUUCUUUAACUCUUUCCAAAUGCUAGUCUUGCCAGAUAUGGUCAGUCAUGAAAGUGUGUUUCUUUAGCUCAGUGCCUUAAAAGAUGACUCGUUAUCGAUCUAUUCUGACAUUUCAGUCACGUAACAUUACAUAGAUGAGCCACAUCAAAGAGAUACUUUACAUAAUUGUCCUAAUAUCAUAUUGCUUAAUAUCCUAAUAUGUGUUUUAUAUGAUUCUUCAUUGUUCUUUCUGCUUAGAUCAUUAUUUAAACUGAAGCCUGUUGCAUUAAGGAAGCAUGAAGAAUUUUUUUUUAGAAGCUAUUUCUGUUGGAAUAAUUAUAAGCUUAAUGAUCUAAUUAGAAAUAACUAUUUAACAUUAAAGAAAUGAAACAGUAGAACAGAGCAGAUGGUAUGCCUUCAGAAGAUUUAUAAACCUGUAGUGGCCUGCAUAAAUGUUUUUUUUUUUUUUUUUAAAUGGAAGUUCUGUAUGUUUUAAACUGUUUACAAACAAAGUGUAUUCAGAAGUACAUGUCUGGGUCAUUCAUUUCAAUAAGUAUGCUUUAAAAUGUUAUAUACUGCAGGUUUGUGUUCUAAAGCAGUGCCUUGUAUGUAUUUCUUUUUUCAUUUUGUGAUUAAAUUGACAUUUUGACUAAA